ACAGCAAGAUAUGAAACUCACAAAAUCAAAAAAAGGAAGAGGACAGUCAAAGACAUAUUAUCCUUUCGUCUUCAAUGACGUCAUGGGUCUGGAGAAAGGGGGUGGAGUUCGUGCUGAUGACAUCAUACUGGCCCUGAAAGGACAUGUGAAGGAGGGAUACAAGUUCAACCCUGCAUCUCCACUCUCUGAAGGUGAUCCAGGCUACAACCCUCGUCCGUCUCCAGAUGACAAAGUUCAUGUUCUGGUUUGUGUGCUUUCUGCUAAUGCAGCAGAAAUUACAGACUCAGUUCUGAAGAAGAUGGCAGAAAUCAGAGAGUUAGCCAGUGACCUGGGGAUUCCCCAAAUGGCAAUAGGCACCAACAUUGAUUUAGCCUGUCCUGAAACUGAAAAUGAUCUGAAGAAUGUGUACAAGAGCAAGUACCUGAAGAAAAAGGUGAAUGACUUCAGCGCUUCAGUGGGAAUCCCAGUGAACUACAUCUUUCCUGUGAAGAACUACAGUAAUGAAAUCCACAUCAAUGAUGUUGACUCACUGAUCCUGAGUGCACUGAGAAAAAUUCAUUGACAAAUGAAUUUGGUAGCACUUUACAUUACAGCACUGUAAUAACAUGGUAAUAGUGGGGUAACAAUGUGUCACUAAAGAGGUAAUAUAU